AUGAACGAUGUAUUCAGAGGCGAUGCUCUGCACUUUGAUCCAGCAGAGCUUCGGUUUGAUAAGCCACUAUAUACCAGCGCGAGAUUUGUGGCAUACAUCGUAUUCCUGCUCGAAGCUCCGGCGUCGCGGUUAUUCCAGGAUCAUGAGGAUCAGAUCAAACCUCUGGCGUUCCUCAAAAAGGCAAUACUGUUACUCGAACAUUUGAUUGACAGCGACAGCCCAGUGGGAGUUGUGGUCGGGGCGGUUGUCGGCUUAGCUGUUGGCGUACCAGAUACACCCACGCAGUUGUAUGUCUUUGCCUGGAGGCCACUGCAGUCCGCGCCAAUAGCAGGAUUCCAUGAGAGAAAGUCAGCCGAAGUGAAGGUGCCGUAUUUGGCGACGCUCUUGUCGCAGGUCUCGAUCAGGCCGUCCUGCGUCGGAGAGGGUUUCGGCGUGGCCGUGCUAGUUGGGGUGGUUGCGGUUGGACGAGGCGUGCGAUAG